AUGGAGUCCUCAUGGAGCUCCAAGAAUCCGGUACCUGCCGCACUGAUGCAACCUUCUAAAUGGCUCCCGUUGUAUGAGGAGUUCGUCACCAAGAACGCCAGCUCUGUGGGCCAAGUAGAGUCAGCGCUGAGAUCUCUAACAUAUAUCAUCCCAGGGCGAUAUCGAGAUUCGGAGAUUAGUUCAGAGUGUGUGCACUCUGGGGUGCAGCUUCUAUCACUCUAUCAUGACUCCCUUGUUUCUCGAGUUAUCUCCAGGCUGCCGUCGACCCGCCCUCGGCCCACACCAUCACCUCAUGCGCGGUAUACCAAAUAUUGGACCUCUCACUCUUUACUAUAUCAAAAAAUUGCCCUCACUCUGCAGAUGGUUCAAUACACGGAAUUGCUGUGGGAAAUGACUGCCCGGCGUCGUGGGGAAAAGGUCCGCUGGCGUAUCAUCAUCUUAAUCGAAGCCGUCAAAGCGAUCUGCCGCUUGUUGCUGCUUCGCCUCACGAACUCUAGGCCACUGGUGAGCCCACCACUUCCUGAACGGGAAGUAGAUCCUAGAUCGUUGGAAGAGAAAGACGGCGACUGGAAUGGGAUGCAGACACCCGUCAGCGAGCGGUCGUCAGAUCUGUGCUGGACCAUGCCUCGCACAGGGUUGUCGCUCCCUUCUCUGCCCGAUGUCGAUGAUCUCUCAAACUAUCUGAUAUCCAAAGUUCUCACGGCCGACGAUAUCAAACCACCGAAGGCGCUGUUGCAUCGAGUCACUGGCCAAGGUCAAUUCGCAGAGAUCCUUUAUAUACUUCGUCCAGUAGUCUAUGCACUCGCGAUGCAAAGAUAUUGCAGAAACAAGCGAAGCUGGAGACCCUGGCUGAUCGGUUUCGGCAUGGAAUAUGGCUGUCGCCAAUUAGCCAAGUCCGACCUCCGCGAGAGAGUCGCGGGUGGCCUUCGGGGACUGACCGGGCUGGAACGAGAGGAGAUGAGGAAGAGAGGGUGGGCAAUGGGCUGGUGGUUUAUGCGGGGAGCUUUCUAUGAGAAUAUAACCAAAUCUUGGCUAAAUACCUUGACUAGCAGAAUGAAGGGCAAACCCUUACUCGAGUUGGCAGGCAGUGUAAUCGAGGAUUAUGAGUACCUUUGGGAUAGUUACUAUUUCUCGACUGCAACGCUAUAG